AUGGCUGAACUUCAGUCUUUACAGGCCCUUAUCAAACGCCUGGAAACUGCUACUACUCGUCUUGAAGAACUAGCUACUUCUGGUACUUCGGCUGUUGCCGUUGCGAGCAGCCUUGGUCGUGACUCAAGCGGGAAUCAGCCCACCGAACCCUCUAAUAUACUUUCCGGUAAUGGCACGGCUACCGAGACAAAAUCCGUCUCUCUUGACGCUUAUGACGAACUUAUUGAGGGACCUUUAAAUAAUUUUAUUGAACUCUCUAAAAGCAUUGGUGGCGUUGUGCAAGAUCAGAGUCAUUCAGUUGAAGGCAUUUUUAAAGCCCAACGCGACUUCAUAUUCAUUUCUACGCAGAGUACAAAACCAAAAACUCCUGAAACAUUAGUUGAGCUAUUUAGACCAACUCAACAAGCCCUUGAAAAAGUUUGCGCAUAUACAGAAAAUAAUCGUAUUUCACCUUUCUAUAAUCACUUAAUAACUGUGAGUGAGGGUAUUGGCGUGCUUAGAUGGGUCACAUUUGAAGAAACAGCUGAAAUGGAAGAAAAACUGUUGUCUCAAGUUAAAGGGUUAAUAGAAAGUUCUCAAUACUAUGCUCAUCGUGUAAUAAAGGAGUUCAAAGACAAGGAUCGUUCUCAUGCUGACUGGGCAUGA